AUGAACAACCACGACAGCUUGUUCAACAACAACAACCAGUCGACAACGGUGCUGGUGGACGAGGAUUCGCCGGAUUCGUUCGAGUUCCAAAACUGGCAGAGUCGGCAUGUCUUGAAUUGGCUGAAAGGUGGGCUUUUUUGGGGUUUGAUUAUUCAAAUUUUAGCCUGGAAUACGAUGAUUUACAAUGUAAAAGGGGCAAUCUGGGCAAUCUCACCAAUUUUUUUCCAGCUUAAGCUAAUUUUCGAAAUGAAUAGUCAAAUUUUAGGGUUGUUUAGGCGAAAUUUUUAAUUGAUUAUUCAAAUUUUCAGACCGAAAUAUGCUAAUUUUUGCUCUGAAUAUUCAAAAGUUAGGUCAUAAGUAUUAAUUUUUAGUUGAUUUUUUUCAAAUUUAGGCGUGAGUGGCAACUGCUCGUUACAAAAAAUUGAAAUUCUAACCUUGUUUAUGCUGUUUUUGAUCUAAAUAUUAAAAUUUUUAUCGGUUUAUAGUAAUUUUGGGGAUAAAUAUUGAAUUUUUAGAUCUUCUAAGACCCAUUUUUUGGUUGAUUGUUCAAUUUUUAUAUAAAACAAGCUAUUUUUAGACAUAAAUAUUCAAAUUUUUUCUUCGGUCUAGGCUAAUUUUUCGCUUGAAUAUUCAAAUUCCGCUGAAUGUAAGCUGGUUUUUGAUCUGAAUAUUAAGUUUUACCCCCUUUUUUACUGAUUUCGACCUAUAUAUUCAAAUUUUAGAUCAUUCUAUGUUAAUUUUCUCCUUAAUUAUUCAAAUUUAAAACAAAUUUAUGCUAAUUUAUCCCUUAAUUAUUCAAGUUUAGACCAAUUUAGGUCAAUUCUACCCUUAAUUAUUCAAAAAAUUAGUCCAUUUCAUGUCAAUUCUCCUCUCAAUUAUUCAAAUUUCAGGCCUAGACGACGCGAUCGGCCCAUUCAUCCGCCUGUUCGCCCAAAAGCACAUAGACGGCUGGGAAUUGUCCGGCCUGGACAACGACCGCCUACGGCGCUUGGGAGUGAACAAGGAGAAGUUGCGGUGCAAGAUUGUCAGCUCCAUCGACCUACUGUAUUAUUACGUGAGGGCCUGUUUUCGGGAUGACCCAAGCUUUUCAGCAAGAGGACAUCGACGCGGAGAAUGCGCAAAAGCUGGCGCUCAAGGUCACCGUCUGCGUGCAGAAUCUGCUGAACGCGGUGCAGAUCGCGACGCCCGUCAUCCUGAGUCCGAACCAGUCCAGCAAGAGUUUGGUGGUCCUGAACUCGGUCCUGCUGUAUGUGGCGGAUCUGCACGAGGACGUGGCCAAGCUGAUCUUUUGGUUGGAUCGGUAGGUUGAUCAGCUAGUGACAGUAAAACCUCUGUAUAACGAACCGAAAAAAACCGGUCGUUACAGAGAGGAUUUGUUCUAUAAAAGUUGAUCUUUACUUAAAAUUACUUUUGGGGCCUCAGAAAGCGUUUUUCUUCUAACAUUAUCAUUUUUUCGCAUUCCAGACAUCCAUUCAAUGAGAAGAAAUGGUUCACCGAAAUCAGAGACCGCUUGGCUCUGUUGAUCAACGAAAUUGUCGAUUGCAUCAAUGAUCCCAACAAUCCAAAAUUCUUCUCCGUUCCACAGCUGCUGGUGGAGGUAAGGGCCUUAUAAACAUUCGCCAAAUGCUUCGAAACUUUCACAAUUAAUAACGCUCAAGGAAAAUCAUACAAUACGAUAAGACUUGGAAGAGGUCCACGUCAAAGAAAAAGUGAAAAAACAAGGAACCUCGGAUCAUUGAUUUUUGACGAAAUGUCGCUGAAUUAUUGAGUCACAAAAGAAAACUUUCCCAGAGAAUUUCGAGAAAAACGUUUUUUCGAAGAGCAAAAUAAUUUUUCAAGCUCGAUAAUUCUGUGGCACUUCGCAAAAAAACCAAUGAUCCGAGAUUCCUUGUUUUUUCAAUUUUCUGAAAGAAUUGUUUUGACGUGAGGUCCCUAAUAUAUCAGUCCGUGGGGAAAAUACAGGGUGCGGCAAAAAAAUGGAAACUUUUUUCAUUGGGUCCUGACGCAAAAAUUUUUAAGUGCAGCAAAAUUAUUUUCAUACCAUUAAAUUCUACGUAGCUUUCUCUCCUAGACCUUAUAAUUUCACGUCCAUAUCGGUUUAUUAACAUUCUUUUUUUGAAUGACAAAAAGAGGGACCUCGAUUUCGGACCUGUUUUUUACCUGUGCGAACUGUUAAUUUGCCCGGCAUAGAAAGCACGUUGUGUCCAAAGUAAUCACACAAUGCAGGGAGCUUUUUGACAAUUUUAAGCGUCCAGUAAACGAAAGAAAACGCACCGCCAACACUUCUGCUAGCCGCGGAGACAUCAAUAGCGAAAUCCGUCGGUUUCGAGAAAAAAUUGCCCGUGAGACCGGCAUCAGCAACCGACCAGUCGGCCAAAUAGCUAAAAAUCAACUCAAGGUCUCCCCACGCAAGGUCUGAAAUGCCCAACUCCUAAUCGGCAAGAUCAAGCCGGUACGCCUGAAAAAAUGGCGCAAAUUCCGACGUCUGGCCGCAGGUCCGCGAUGGGAGCGCAUUCCCUUCGCGGUGCAAUCUUUGGCGGGUGCACAACCAACAGAACGUCAUAGUCCCAUCGGAUGAGGCCCCCUGCACGUCGGCUAACGACGAACACCGUCAAAAUAAGGGCCGUCAUCGCCUAAGGCGGAAUUUGUGCCAGCGGCAAGAAUUCCGAGAUUUUCGUGGAUCAAGCGGGCAAAAUUCUAGCGCCGCGUUAACUUCGAUUUCCUCAUGCUUCUGUUGGCUCAGUAGAACCUUGACAGCGCAAAUUUGACGUUCCAACUAGACUCAGCGCCGACUCACAGGGCAACAACCAGUCAAGACCGAUUUUUAGACCGAUUUUCCCGAUUUCACCCCGUCUGCGAAAAGAGCGCCUGCUCGCCGGGUAUAGAUCCAAUGGACUGUAAUUUUUUUUCAAUUGGAGGCCAGCAUCUGUACUACACGCCACAAAAGUUUGGAGUCGCAAAGUAAUCGCUGCGUCAAGAACGGGACCGAUUUCCCCGAAAAAAGCUGCGGCCAAAAGGCCAAAAUUUUAAGUCACGUUUGGAGCUCUAUAUCGCCACCAAAAGCAGCCACGGUAAAACGGGUUGAAUAUGUUAUAAACAAUGCUCUAUGUUAUUGAAGAUGACCGUUACUUUUGCGGAAUUUGGAUUACUAGGAAAAAUAUAGCUAUAAAGAUAAGUUUCCAUUUUUUUGCCGCACCCUGUAAUGGGCACUCUGUCGCACCGAAAAUCGCAUCGCCGCCGAGAAAAUGAAUUGUGUCGCGGCAAAAUCAAAUUGCUUUUCACUUCAGCGACACUAUUGGCGCAGCGACAUUGUGCUAAUCAUUUUCCCGACAGUCUGAUAAUAUCUAGUAAAUCUGGGCAUGUCAAUCGCAGAUUGUUUUGAUUUUUCCUUCACCAAGGUUUCCGCGUCGUAUCUCAAGCAUGAUCAGUACUGGCGAUGAAAGUUCUAGAGACUCCUUUACCAUUCUGUCGGGAAAAUAGUGGCCGGCCUUCGCUAGCCAUCGCAAAACAAUGAUGGGAGAUUCCAAUGCGCGAUGACCCGCACUAUUUUCCCGACAGACUGAUAAAGGAGUCUCUAGAACUUCCAUCGCCAAUACCAAACAUGCUUGAUUGUGAGAUACGAAUACAGUCCACCGUCACGAUCAUACAUUCUUUUUUCCAGAAAGGCAAACGAAUCCAAAGUCUUGCCAACGAAAUUAUCCAUUCCAAUGACCCCACCAUUCUGUACACCGCCUACAUUCAACGGGUUGUAUUGAUGAAAAAUACUGAUGUAGAUUGGGUACGUUCCUCUAGUAUCUUAACCCUCUAACGUGAUUUUCAAACAACGCGGGUAUUUUUUUCAGGGAGUUGAAUUCAAAUCGACCGCAAAUGGGAUUCAUUUGGUGACCAAAGUGCGCACUGGAAAUGGCAAUAAUUUGGCGGCCAAAAUUCACGUUGGCGAUGAGAUUGUGGAAGUAAGUAGAGGAUAAAUCAAGUUUCAAGAUAUAGAAAAAAUGAUUUUCAAAAAUCCCGCCGAAUUUAGCGACAUUUUUAAUUCAAAUUUUUUAAGUCAUCAAAAAAAUUUUUGCCAAAAUUUUCAAAUUUUUUUCAAUUUUUUGGCCUAGUUUUAGUGUCUAUUCCAUUUCCUAAUAUUUGAUUUAGCGCUGGCCACAAGCACGUGGCCAGAAAUUCCGGAAUUUGUAAUCAAAUUUCACUUUGCGCUUAAUUAUGAAUGUAAAUUGAGAAAGCGCGAAAAAUACAAGUUUUUACCGCCCAAAAAGCUGGAAAAUUAAUCUUAUUCUAGACAUCAGAGACUAUUCCCUUGCCUAAAAUUAUAUUUACCACCAAAGAAGGGUCGAAAAAACCGCAAAAAAUCCCGAUUUCAGAUCAACCGACAGUCGGUUGUGGGCUGGAAAACCAAAAACAUCCGACGCAAGUGGGACUCCUCGGUGAAAGCGACGCCCCAGGGCGGGUUCGAGAUCGAGAUAACGCUGGCCAAGCGGCCCCGCGAAAGCUGGAUCCCGAUCACGCUGCAAAAGGGGAGUCGGAGCAACGUGGCGCCGGAGCCGGACCAGGCCGGAACCGAGACGGAGCGCAGCAUCCGCGACUUCAAGCGCAAGAUCCAGCCGGAUUUGUUUGUGCGACACGAGGUGGGGCUCAGUUUUCAUUCUUUUGCGGGCGCUUUUUUUUUGGGCUGGAGACGGAAUUAUGGCCGUUGGAUGGGGGUUUUGGAGGGGAAAUUAGGAUAAAAUGGGAGUAUAAUCGACAAUUUUAUGGAGUAUUUUUUUCACAUUUUUCAUCCAAGAGGCAAUAUAAAUCAUUUACAAUACCUAUAUUUUUACUCUAAUUAAAACAUUUAACUUUUUGAAAAGUUUUCCAAAAAUUUGGCUAAUGAAUUUUGAAUUGAAAUUUCUCAAAAUUCGACCGGUCGAUUUUCCUAAAAUUUUGCACAUAUUUUCUGCAGAGAUCAUAUUUUAAUCGCUGAAAAUUUGGGCUUUUUCUUUGCAUGCAUAGUCGAGAUAUACAACGAUUUUUACGGAGCAAAAGACAUUUUUUUUUGAUAUUUUUCGACCAAAUAAUCUCGAAUAUUUUCGCAUACAGCAAGCUUAAAAUCCAGUAGGUGUCUCAGAAAAAUCCUAGAUUAAAUUUUCCUCAAAUUUGAGCUGAAUUCAAGACAUGCCCUUAGGCAUUUUGGCCUAAAAAAUUCAUUAAAAAUCUUCGAAAUAACCUUGGUUCACAUUUUUUCCCCGAAAUUUCUAAAAAUCUCGUAUUAAAUCCCAUCAAUUACGUCUAAUUGCCCUUUUAUUUACAUUCUACGCCAUGCUUCGGAGAUCAGAAUGACAUAAUUUUUGAGAAUGAUUUCAUUUGCUCCGGGUUUAAUGACGACAAUGAGAGCUGACCUGUUUUCUCACGGCUAUUGCGUAAAAAAGUUUUUUUUUUGCAUUUGGUUGGGGUUCAUUAUUCAGUCUACGAAUUGAAAAUUGCCUAAGGGGUUGUAAUUUGUUUCGUUGGGAAAAAGUUUCGAAAAAAAAUUUUUUCGAAAUUUUAUUUUUGAAUAUACAAAUUUUCUAUCUUGAAUCUUCAAAUUUUUACCUUGAAUAUUCAAAUUUUUACCUUGAAUAUUCAAAUUUUUAAAAUUUAAAUGCGACACUCACAAGUUAAAAGUUCAAAGUUAAAAUUUUCAGGAAGCCGGCAAGCCCCGCCGGAUUCGCUCUGCGUCUUUUUGCUCCGUCACUGACCACCAAUUCAUCUUCACCUACCCCGAAGAAGACGAGCUCUAUCGCUCGCCCUCUCCAUCUGGCCCCACCAAAUCUCCGACGGCCUUGAUUUUGACGGAAAAACGGCCAAUCUUCCGACGCGCCUCUGUUUGGACCGAAAGCCCUCCGGCGGUUCUGCGGAGUCCGUUCGAUCGGCUUCGGUACACGGAGGAGUCGAAUGCAUGGCUGCUGUUGUUGGCGUCGUGGGCCGAGACGAUCCCUAAGAAAGGAGUGAGAGCGCCGUAUCGAAGCCUGAUCAUCAACGGCGAGACGAUCGAGGAGGAGGACGAGGAAGUGGAGGAACCUUUUGGUAAGAAAUCUCGUAAUCUCGUACGAAAUGUAAAGGCAGUGGAAGCGCCGUACAUGGCGUUAUUAUUAUAUCUUUCUAAUCUUUGAAGGAUAUUGUCAGUCUGCCGGGAAAAUAAUGAGCGCUCUAUCGCAUAGAAAAUCGCAUCGCCGCCGAGAAAAUGAACUGUGUCGGGGCUAAAUCAAAUUUCUUUUCAAUUCAGCGACGCAAUCAGGCAGCGACAUUGUGCUCAUUAUUUUCCCGACAGACUGAUAUUAUAGUAUCCAUCAAAGACCCGAAAAAAAGAUUUGACAAUAACGCCUAUUGCACGACGCUCCAACUUCUUUACAUUUGUCAUAUUUACAAGUCCUUUGAAUAACGGAUAUUCAUAAUAAAAAUAUUAAAAAUUCUAUUACGAUUCUACAUACUAUGAUUUGAAAAUCUUUGUAGUGACCUAUUCACAAUAAUACUUUGUAAAGUUGUCAAUUGUUACGUGGCCUUACAAGGGAAUUGUACAAACCAUCCAGAGCCAAAUGACAUAACACAUGCUACUUGGCCAUGGAUAGUCUGUACACUUCCCUUAUAAGGCCACACAUCAAUUCUUGACAACUUUACAAAGUAUUACGGUGAGGUCACCACAAAGAUUUUCAAAUCGUAGUAGAAUCGUAAUAGAAUUUUAUAUGAACAUCCGGUUGGACAGGUGCUUUAUCGUACGGUAAUCUAGUAGUUUGUAGUUAGACAUUUCUUGCUAAUAGCGCCGGGUUUUGAAACUCCAUGCAUAACCGAGCAAAUUGCCAACGGGGCAUUCCAGUAGUCGCUGCAUAAGUCUUAGUUCAUAGAGAGGUUCUCUGCAUCACAAGACAUGUCUAGUUUUACUCUAGGAAUUCGAGUGGAGCAGCGAAAUUAUGAUUAUUAUUUUCCCGACAGACAGAUGUCUUACUACUAGCAUUUUCAUAAAGUGCGUAGAUUUUUGGACCGUUCAUAAAAUGCAUUGUGAAAAUGAUAUUUUUGCGCACAGUGUAGCACACGGCGAAAAGUCUACGCACUUUAUGAAAAUCCUAGUAUCAUUCUGUCGGGAAAAUAAUGUGGAUAUGUCUCGCAGCAGUCGCGAACUAACUUCCCAGUCGCGGCUAGCCGUCGCAAAGUAACGACUGGCAAUUCCUAGGCGCGACGGAUCCACAUUAUUUUCCCGACAGACUAAUUGCCCCUCCUGAAAGUCGCUGGAAUGAUUUUUGGCCUUUGCACAGUGCAAAAGACGCCAGGGUGCGAGCGACAGCCCGAAAAAAGCGAUUUGCACAGUGCAAAAAGCAAAAAACUGCACCGUGCAGGCUGAACUUUUGUUUUCUCACAGUGUGUGUCGCCGAUUUCAUUCUGGCGACAUGCACUGUGCAAAAGCAAAAUUUCACUUUGCACUGUGCAAUUUCCCGCUUUUUGCACCGUGCAAUCGGCUAGUUUGGGAUGUCGCUCGCACCCUGAGUUUUUUCGCACUGUGCAAAGGGCAAAAAUCAUUCCAGCGACUUUCUGGAGGGACCAUUAGUCUGUCGGGAAAAUAAUAUGGACUCGUAGCGCCUUGGAAUCGCUCGCCGUCUCUUUGCGACGGCUAGCCGCGGCUGGGAAGUUAGUCCGCGACUGCUGCGAGACAAAAAAUUUGACAGCGGUAGAUUCACAUUAUUUUCCCGACAGACUGAUAGUAUUAUAAGUACAUAGGUAAUAUGCCUUUGUCUAUUUCCCCUCCUGGUUCGAGGAAACAGCUUGUCACGGCGAAUCUACGCAACAUUGUGAAGAGUUGUGACUUUCCCCGAAUUUUUUCGCUUUCCCCGAUUGCGAUCUCCGUUCGGCCCGCUUCAAACGCGUCAUUUCGCAUUGCUAAAUUUCAAACAUUGGAUUCAUUAAGAAUCGCAAAUUUCCUCCCUCACUACCAAAACCGAAAUGUAUAUCAAGCUGACGAUCAUUCCAGAAGAGCUGAAGAUCGACCUGAACAACCUGGAGACACUCUCCGACGCCGAGGUCGAGUCGCUGAACCCCAAGCCGAGCCCGGUGGAGCCGACCGAGUGGAAUGCGCCGGUCACGGAGGAUAUUACCGGCUACAAGUUCCAGAAACGGGUGCAUCUGGAGAGCUCGUCCAGCCAGACCAAUUCGGUGGAAAGUCCGUUGGCGUAAGUUGGAUUUUAGUUUUGAAUAUUGAAUUUUUUAAAUUUUAAAACUAUGCAAAUUUUGAUUUGCGCUUUUUCAUGUUAAAAUAUGCGGAGAGAUGAUUCUUGGAAAAAUUAUGCAAAUUUUUAAAAUAUGCAAAUUUUUUGAAAUAUUCAAAUUUAUGAAUUAAUUUAAAAAUUAUGCAUAUUUAAAUUCCACUUUGUAAGCCAUAGCAAGUGAAACGGCGAAUGUUAGAAAAAAUAUGCUAAUUUUUUAGAACUCAAAAAUUUUGAAUUUUUUUUUGUGAAAUUAUGCAAAUCAUAUUUUUUAAUGGUGACUACAAUAUGCGUCGAAACUCAUAAAAGUUCCAACAAACCUCAAAAAAAUUAUGAUUUUUGUCAGAUUCAAAUUUUAUGCAAAUUUUUAAACUUUCAAAAACUGUUAAAAUUCCAAAUUUAACCAUUCCGAUUAAAACUUCUACAAAAUGACGUAAUUUUUCCCCAAAAAACCUAUAUAUAAAUUUUGGACCUAAUUUAUGCAAAUUUUAAUUUUUCAUCUCCGAGCUUCUCAAAAACCAAUAAAAAUUCGCCGCUAUCCUGCUCUCCAAAACAAUGCCAUCAAAAUUUGAACUCCAACUUUCCUCUACUCACAUUGUACAUACACACAUACACUUCAAAAAUUUCCGCAAAAAUCCUCCAAUUUCGCACCUAAUAUUUCGUCAAUGUAUUCCCGUAAAUUUAAAAUUGUAAUUACAUUGCCCACUUUUCCCAUCAUCACUUCCGUUUUUUUCCCUCCCAAAAUUUGGAGGGUGUAAUUACAGCGCCGACCUAAUCCCCUUGACGAAAUAACCGUUGUAAUUAUCGAAGGGGGGCCCCCGAGAGGUGCGAUUAUUUUGUAUUUCCCGAUUACAUUGUAAUUCGUGAAGAGGCAUGCCGCUACAGUUACACGGUUAGAGAGCGAAAAUUGUAGUGGUGGGGGGAUUGUGGGAGCGGUAUUAAUAGGAUUUUUGUAAGCCGAAAUUUCCGUGAAACGAACGGAAAUGGGGGAUUUUGACAUAAAAUAUGAGAUUUAAUCGGUUCAUCGCGGAGCGAUCCCCGGAUUUUGAUGAAAUUUGGCGAAUAUGAUCUAUUCUAUUUAUUUACAAGGGAAGUGCUUCAAGUGCGACGCUCAGAUUUUCUUUAAAUUUUGCACACACGUCGGGAAUAGACUAAAUAUCAAUUCCUGAAAAUUUUAGCUCUCGCUUUCCAGGCAUCGCCGGGAUAUUCGACGAUCUUUGCGGCCAAGAGAGUAUGCUAAAUGCUGAGAGCGAAAGAGAAAAACACUUUUUGGCCAUAACUUUGCUAAGUUCGCGAGGAAAAAAUUGAUUUUUUUGAGGAAACAUUAUUCUCUACAGUAGAAAUAGCUAUGAAACUUUUCAUGCCAAAAUUUGCAAAAAAGUGUCAAAUUUUUGCCGACUUUCGCACGAAAGGUUUCCUGCCUAUUUCUACCGUAAAGGGUAAUGUUUCCACAGAAAAUCUAUUUUUUCCGCACGAAACUUGCAAAGAUAUAGCCAAAAAGUGUUUUCUUUAACCGAUCUCGGCACUUCGCGUGCUCUCUCGGCGACAAAGAUUGUUGAAUAUCUCGGUGGCGCCUGCAAAGCGCGAGCUAAAACUUUCAGGAAUUGAUAAUUGGUCUACGCUAGACGUGUGUGCAAAAUUUGAAGAAAAUCUGAGGCACUUGGGGUACUUCCCUUGUUAAUACAUUUGCUCUACAGUGACGGACCCGAUCCAGUGGCAAAACACGUACCAUUUUGCAUCCUGGAAGCAUCAAAAAUGUGGAAAAAUGCUUCCCUCUCCAAGUGAAAAAACUCGCUUUUGAAAUGGGAGUUUUCUCACUUGGAAAGGGAAGCAUUUUGCCACAUUUUUGAUACUUCCCGAUGCAAAAUGGUACAUUUUUUGCCACUGGAUCAGGUCCCCCACUGUAUAAACAAGUCUGCUGUACCUAGAUAUCGGAUAUUUUUUCAUUUUUUUAAAUGCAAAAAUAUGUAUUAUGUAUUAAAAUACAUUCUCCUUGUCAUCCCUCUCUCAACAUUUCGGUUGCAAAGUAAUCCUCCGGAAGUUUUGCUCGCCAAAUUUAAUCACCUCAAGACCCUAAUCCGCGUAUCGAUUAUGAAAACAAGGUUCGCCUUAUUUACCAUUAGUUCCUCUCUUCGUUAUCGCUGAAGGUAUUAACGAAGCCCGGGCCGUGGAAUUUGGAAUAGAAAUUGGAGUUGUUUUCAAAGUGUUUUGGCGAAUUUUCAACGCCUAGAGCGAGUUUAAGCCCUUAGGGCUCGAAAUAAUAUAAAUAACAUAUUUUUUCAGGAACUUCCAACAAAAAAUCACCCGAUUCUUCCACGGGGCGGAUUCGCUGACAGAAGGCGGUGCGUCUUCCGACGAAAUCCCUCAAACCCCCUCGGCCAAGGUGUUUGCCUCGAUUUUCGCGUCAACUCCCAAGAUUUUGAAGGAUCCCAGCUUUGGCCAACUGCCAACGCCGCCAGUUGAGGAGCCAAGCUCGAGAAGUCAGUCGCCGACCACACUCACCAUUCACACCACGCCUUCGAUCAACAGUCUGCCGGCCAACUCGAAAAUCGUGAAUGUGGUGUCGAGGAAGAGCAGAUUGGCGGUGAGUUUUGGGUUUCUGUGGGCCACAGAGUUUUUUUAGUCUGUCGGGAAAAUAAUGAGCACAAUGCCGCUGCACCUUUCGUAUCGAUAAAGUGAAAAGCAAUUUGAUUUUGUCGCGAUACAAGUCAGAAUUUUUCUCGGCGGCGAUGCAAUUUUCGUUGCGACAGAGCGGUCAUUAUUUUCCCGACAGAUUGAUAGAACUUCUUCCAAGUGCCACGCUCAGAUUUUCGUCAAAUUUGGCCAAGGUAUUUGGGCUAUGCCACGUAUAAUUUUCUCGAAAUUCUAGCUCUGUUCCGGCGCGGCCAAGAGGUUAAAAGAGAGUUCUUUACAACUCGAAGGAUGGCCCGGACAUUUCGAAAAAAACGACCAGCUCAGAAUCUUUUGAUAUUUUACAUAGCUGUUGUACUAUGUUAGCUGAACUUCAGUACAAAUUUAUAGUUUCGGAAAUUACCUAAAACCUCUCUUUUAACAAGGAAAGUACUUCUAUGGGGUGUGGAGCUACAGGUCGAGAUAUAUAUCAAAAAAUUCGCAAAAAUUUUCUGAUUCAGAAUGUAUAAAAAUUAGCUGCCUAAUUUUGGUCUGAUGACAUGUUUUUGUCCUCAGAAGUUUUCUCGCGACACCAUGCAAGUGUCUUUUUGGCCGCGUUUUUACCAAUAAAAAAAUUUUAUUUUGUGCUAAAAUAAAUUCUGAAGCCUUGACAAGCCUUAAAAUAUCAAAUUUGAUUACAACUACACUUAAAACUAGUUCCAAUGUAAAAAAUGGGUUCUCGUGUGGCAAAAGGAAUCGAACCCGUUCCCCUCGGAUUUCCAAUCUGGCGCUCUAACCACUCGGCCACACCGCUCUCUUCCGAAGGAAGAGACCGAGCGCGCUUUUGUUGCCGCAGAUUUUUUUCCUCGAGAAAUACAUUUAUUGAUAAAACUCGUAGGUAGACCAAAAUUAGGCAGCUAAUUUUUAUAUAUUCCGAAUCAGAAAAUUUUUGCGAAUUUUUUGAUAUAUAUCUCGACCUGUAACUCCACACCCCAUAGAAGUACUUUCCUUGUAAAACUUUUUCCCUGCCGCGUGAGUACGCGAAAUGCGGAAAGCGGUCAAAGAGAAAACACUUUUUUCCCAUACCUCUCACAAUUUCAACCAUCGACUUCUUUUUGUGGAAACGUUUCUUUAGAAAUCGUUAGAAAUACGGCUCAAUUUUCGGCCUAAAAAUCACUGUGCUUUCUGUAAAGCGCAAGCCCGAAAUCUCGCCUAUGCCUUACAAAAAUACAAUCUAAUUCGAGCACUUCCUCUUGGCAACAAUAUAAAAUUUUAAUUUCAGCCUCUGGCCGAGCCGGAUGAAAUCAGCGAUCUGGACGAAGAGCGGCUAGAAAACGCCGCAAAGAAGUCCGCUUCGAUGAGUGCAAUCCAAAAAUCGUUGUCCAGUGUAAGUUGCUUUCUUUUCUGAUCAUAUCCCUAGAAAUCACCUGCAGAAUGUUUUAUCAGUCUGUCGGGAAAAUAAUGAGCGCUCUGUCGCAUCGAAAAUCGCAUCGCCGCCGAGAAAAUGAAUGGUGUCGCGGCAAAAUCAAAUAUUAGGUUGUCCAAAAAUUAGUGUCGUUUUCGAGAGGGGUAGUUUCCAAAGUCUAUUAUAAAUUUCAUCAGCUCCAGAAGCCGGGGUUUCAAAGCCACUGGCAAAAAAAUGAUUUCAACGCGUUGCAAUAAGCGUGUAAUAACACAUGGUGAUUAUUUUGAUAAAAAAUAUCUUCGUUAUUACGGUAAAUUUCUUUGUACAAAAAAUCUUUUGAAGAACGACACUAAUUGUUGGACAACCUUAUACUUUUCACUUCAGCGACGCGACAGCGAUAUUGCGCUCACUAUUUUCCCAUCAGACUGAUAAAUGUCAUCAAAAAACAUAUUUUCAGGACAAUGUCGCCAUUAUUCAUCACCCCUCGCUCGAGUCGCUGGCCAAAACGCCAAUUGACCGUGUUCUGGGUAACCUGGCCGAAGGCUGGACCCGCCGAAAGGUGGUUGGGAUCGAAAGCAAAUCGACCGAUAAAUGGAUCAAGUGCUGGGUGAUGAUGACACAAACACAUUUGUUUGUCUAUUCCGACCAAAAGGCCAAAAUUGCUGAUAUUGUUUUUGACUUGAAAGCGUGCUCGUUGAGUCUGAUUCCAAAGUUGAAAACGUCCAAAAAGCACGUGUUUUCAAUCCGAUGGCCUCAGGGCGAAGUCGUCUUUGCGCCAUUCAGUCAGUCCGAUUUUACAUUGUAAGUGAAUUUUUGGGUGGAAUUUGACAUUAGCUGACUUCGCUAGUUUUUUUGCGCUGCAAGACGGUUUAAAAAUUAGAAUAGCAACUGGUUUAUUUUCAGCUGGAUUCAAGGCCUCUCCACGAAGACCCAAUGCGAAGAGCUCGGCCAAACAACAUUGCCGAGAAGGGAGAAAGGUAAGCGGGUCUUUACUUCGCUUUUCACACUAGAGCACCAUGUUACAGUGAUAGAUCUGAUCCAAUGGCAAAAAACGUAUCGUUUUGCAUCCGGGAGGUAUCAAAAACGUAGCAAAAUACUUCCCUUUCCAAGUGAAAAAAACUCCGAUUUUAAAGGCGCGCCUCUUUUUGCGAGGGAAAGGGCGCGCCUUCAAAACGGAUUUUUAGUUGGAGAGGAGGCAUUUUGCUACAUUUUUGGAUACUUCCUGGAGGCAAAAUGAUGCGUUUUUUCUACUGGAUCAGGUCCGUCACUGUGGCUAUUGCAAAAUCAUGAGAACUCGGCAGUAGCAAGCAAGACUCAAUAUAAUGUUUUUGCUGAAGCCUAUGGAGAGCGAGGAGAGUUAGUCAGGAGAAAACUAGAGGUUUUCUAACUUACAAUGCGGGACAACCGCUGGAUCAUAUCCUGCACUGAAUAAUUUUAUGUUUUUUGCAUUUUUCAAUUUUUUUUGAAACUAAAAUUUGUAAAAUACGCUAUGGUUUCCAUCGCCAUUAUUUUACGGUUACGAACCCUUGAUCCUUUCGUUUGGCUCUCCUCCUUAAAAGUGCUCCCUCGCAAAGACUUUUGAAUAUCUUUGCUGCGACUAGAAAGUGGGCGCUACAACGCUCGGCGAAUUAUUUGUAGUUUAUUAAAAACGCAUCUGCAAAAUUUUAGACAAAGCAAAAUUAACUUGAAUAUAAUCUUCCCCAAAAAUUCAAUUCCCUCGUACGAAAUCAAAACCUUUUCUUUCAGACGCCGUCUACAUCCGUGAUCAACAAGCCGACGCUGAUUCAGCGGAUGAGCUUGACUCCAACGCCUCAAAUCAAGGGAGUCCGGCAUCAAAAGUCUCUCUUCUCUUCCCUUCAAGACUGUUCUCUCGGCUCAGCCGACGCGGACGGCUGUCCUAUCGAACGCCGGCGAAUUCCGCGGCCGCCGGCUUGACUUCGGACUAA